UUUGGGACAGGCCUGGGGCUGGGGGGCAGGCGGUGUGGAGGGGUACCACUAGAGCCCUUCGUACACCAGGUGGGAGGACACACCAGUAUGAUGCGCUACGACGACCACACGGUGUGUAAACCCCUCAUCACCCGGGAGCAGCGCUUCUACGAGUCCCUGCCGCCUGAGAUGAAGGAGUUCACAGCAGAGUACAAAGGCAUGGUGUUGGUAUGUUUCGAGGGGGACAUAGACGGCUACAUCAACCUAGUGGCGUACCCGUACGUGGAGAGCGAGGGCCUGGACCACGAGGACCUACCGGAGAGGGACCAACCCCGGAGGAAACACUCCCGACGGAGCCUCCAUCGCUCCACCUCCGAGAUCAAGGAGGAGAGGCUACCACACGAGAGUGACAGCACUGAGAAUCUCCAGGAGCUGAAGAGUCCUCGUCUAGAGCUCCAGAUCUACAGUGAUAUUCCCUUCCAGAUGCUGGAUAACAACAGCGGCCUGGGCUCAGAGAAGAUCAGCCACAACCCCUGGAGCCUCCGCUGUCACAGGCAGCAGCUCAGCCGCAUGAGAUCGGAGUCCAAGGACAGGAAGCUCUACAAGUUUUUGCUCCUGGAGAAUGUGGUCCAUCACUUCAGCUACCCGUGCAUCCUGGACCUGAAGAUGGGCACGCGGCAGCACGGGGACGAUGCCUCGGAGGAGAAGGCAGCCAGGCAGAUGAAGAAGUGUGAACAGAGCACCUCCGCCACGCUGGGGGUGCGAGUCUGUGGAAUGCAGGUGUACCAGAUGGAUACUGGCCACUAUCUGUGCAGGAACAAGUACUACGGCCGCAGCCUGUCCAUCGAGGGAUUCCGCCACGCUCUCCACCAAUACCUGCACAACGGGGCGUCGCUCAGGAAGGACCUGUUUGAACCCAUGCUGUGUAAACUACGCAGCCUGAAGGCCGUUCUGGAGAAACAGACCACCUACCGCUUCUAUUCCUCCUCCCUGCUCAUCAUCUAUGAGGGGAAGGAGCCUGAGCUGGCCCACGUCUGGCAGAAAGCACCACGGCUUGUACCACAGCCAGCCGCUGAGAUGCCCUCAGAGAAGGAGGAGGUGGUUCUGGUCAACCCAGGAGUAGGAAUGGGUGUCCAUGGACCGGGUUUAUUAUUGGGUCUCCAAACGGUCCAGAGACCAACCGAAGAACCCCUCCAGCUCCCCCAGGCUCUCCUACCACCACCACACUGCCCCCCCACCCCUCCACAGCCACAGCAGCCUCCCUCGGACCCUCACGGCCCCCCUCGUCCUCCACCCCGCCCCUCCAGCCCCGGCAUCAGUGUGGACGUCCGCAUGAUAGACUUUGCCCACAGCACCUUCAAAGGUUUCCGUGACGACCAGACGGUGCACGACGGGCCGGACCGAGGCUACGUGUUUGGAUUGGAGAGCCUCAUCAAGAUCCUGGAGGGCAUAAGGGAGGAGAACCUGUAGCGGGAGAACUGACACAUAGGAUGUGUCUCAAAUGGUAUCCCCCAUUCCCUUUAUAGUGCACUACUUUUGACCAGGGCCCAUAGGGCUCUUUGACCAGGGCCCACAGGGCUCUUUGACCAGGGCCCACAGGUCUCUUUGACCAGGGCCCACAGGGCUCUUUGACCAGGGCUCUUUGACCAGGGCCCACAGGGCUCUUUGACCAGGGCCCACUUGUCUCUUUGACCAGGGCCCACUUGUCUCUUUGACCAGGGCCCACUUGUCUCUUUGACCAGGGCCCACAGGUCUCUUUGACCAGGGCCCACAGGUCUCUUUGACCAGGGCCCACAGGGCUCUUUGACCAGGGCCCACUUGUCUCUUUGACCAGGGCCCACUUGUCUCUUUGACCAGGGCCCACUUGUCUCUUUGACCAGGACCCACAGGUCUCUUUGACCAGGGCCCACAGGGCUCUUUGACCAGGGCCCACAGGGCUCGGGUCAAAAUAAGUGCACUAUGUAGGGAAUAGGGUUCCAUUUGGGACGUAUCGAUGGCCAUCUUUCAGGAGGAGAGAACCUGUAGCUGUAACCUGACACAUCUUCAUCCUGCGUCUUCAGAUCUCUCCACCCUCCUCAUCCUCCUCCUCUCCCUGAGUGCUACUACCCUGUCCUUCAUGAUUAUAUUUGGAGAAAGAAAGAAAAGCUCAGAAUUAAUAUGAAACGAGAAGAACCUGAGUGAUGGAGUGGAAGGCUACUGUCUUGACUGUAAAGGUUAAAGGUCAUGACCCUAGGCUGUAAAGGUCACUCUCUGACUGUUGUGCUCCUUCUAGGGUAGACUCAUGAGAAACGUACAGGGAGCAUCUACAGUCCUGUUAUAUCCUCUCUUCCUGGACAGAGAUGGCUGCCAUUCCUCUGAAGGAAAACAGAGGGGCAAUGUCUGUUUGCCUUGUGGGUUUGUCGCCGCUAUGUGGCCAGCUGAAGUAUUGCAGGGUUUGGUUUGAAAGUAAAGCUGCCACUGCUCAGGGCAAGUCCAGGUCCUUGUCUUUGUCCCAAAUGUCAACUUAUUCUCUUUAUAGUGCACUACUUUGGACCAGGGCCCAUAGGGAAACCCAUAAGGCUUUGGUCUAAAGUAGUGAACUAUAUAGGGAUUAUUGCCAUUUUAGCCUGUCUCCGGUGUGGGACUGGUACAGGGAAGAGGGAUCCGUCUAUCUGUGUGUGUUGAGGGUUG